ACAUUUUCAGAACCAAAAUCAUGUGGAAUAAGGAAUGCCCAUGGAAGAAUCGUGGGAGGAACUGUAGCACUAAAAAACAGCUGGCCAUGGCAGGCUAUGUUAAUUUCAUAUGGAAUCCAGUUUUGUGGAGGAUCAUUAAUACAUCCUUUUUGGGUGUUGACAGCUGCUCACUGCAUCGAACAUGAAUCGACAGCGAGUUUCUAUAUCAGGUGAUUAAAAUUCACUAUCUAACUAACAGUGCUUCAAACGUAACGAUAGAAGGAUGAGUAUCAAGAAAUAUCUAUUUCCUCUUUUGCAAGCACAACUAACAAAUAAUAGAGACCAGGGGGAUCUUUUGAUUCUAGGACUAGUAUGACUACACUUAGUAAUGUGCGCGCCUGGAGCAGCGUCAUUUUGGCGGGAAAACGCGAUAGCCUUCGUCAUUCUGCUACGGGUUUUCGGGAAAAUCAUGAUUUCGUAGUGGCGAAAGCAACUUAUCAAUAGGUAAAGGUUUAAUAGCAGUUUAAAAUCGGGGGACGGGUUAAUCUUCUUCAAUUUUUAAAUAAUCAUGUUAACUUUUCUGUUGAAAAAAAUAAAAUGAGGCUUUUCGGGUUGUCUUUUUUUGAGAAUGCACGAAGAAAGCUGUUAGUCAAAUUUCGUUGUCGUAGCUGUCCUCGUCCUAGAAUCUAAAGGCGUCUAGUAUGAAAAUGCGAGAAGGCAAACAGGCAAUAAUCGAGGUCUUUCGGUCUCCUGCAAUGUUUUUUGGGUAUAAACCACUUGAAUGAGUUAAAGAUAGGCAAAUCAUUUUAAGGGUUCAGUGUUCAUAUAAUGAUAAUGGUAAUCAAGAUAACUAUUCAGUUGUUAUUUUACUUUCGCCACCUUGUAAUGUUACAAUAAUAAAAUACUAAUUGAAACACCAAAACACCAAAUAUUAAUUUGAGGGCGAGGGCAGAGUAACAAUACGUGUUAAUAAGGUAACAAAUAGAUUAAAACGAUAAACGGAGGGGGAUCGAGGGAAAAGAAAAAGAAGUGUUGAAAGUAAGGUCUUCCUUCAGUUUGUUCGAAAAAGUUGACACACCAAGUGCGCUUUGAAUGUAUGGGCUUAGAGUCGGCUUAUAGAGUUUUAGAACAAAGGAACUUGGUGAAAAGAAGUGGCAUUCCCUGGAAUUAUAACUGGUAUCUAAUGUCGUAGUAGAUAGUGAUGAUAAUAAUGAUAAUUAACUGUUAUCAGGUGACAAAAUGUGAUAGAAAGAACUUUUUCUGGUGAUUGUAACUUUGUUAUGACUUUUUUUUUAUACUAAAGGCUUGGGGCACAUAACAGAUCAAACGCCGACACAGGAACAGAGCAAGACGUUCGUGUAGCAAAGAUUGUUGUUCAUCCAAAUUACAACAAACCAAUUGCGUUAUCUAAAGACAUUGCUCUUCUCAAAUUAGCCAAACCUGCCAGAUUGGGAAAAGGAAUUGGGAUUGUUUGCCUAGAAGACAAUGAAUACGAUCUCCCGAUAAAUAAACACUCAAAAUGCUAUAUCACUGGAUGGGGAAAGCUGUCGUCUGGAGGAGGCCAGCCAGAUGUAUUGAUGCAGGCUUCAGUUCCACUAGUUUCAGAAGAGAAAUGUCUUAAAACUUACCCCAAUCAAAUCGAUGAUUCCAUGUUAUGUGCUGGGCUGGAUAAAGGAGGCGUGGAUGCGUGUCAGGGUGACAGUGGAGGGCCGUUAGUCUGCGAGCACCACCAUCAUUGGUACCUUGAGGGAGCCACAAGCUGGGGGUGGGGAUGCGCUAAACCUGGAAAAUAUGGCGUUUAUGCAAAAGUACGACAUUUUAGAAGAUGGAUAAUGAAUACAAUAGCCCCAGGAAGCGGUAUGGUAGAAGAUGACCUACAUUAUUUAGUGAUGCUAUGAAACUUGAAACUCGAUCGCCAACUAGUCAUUUGUUACUGUUUUAAAAAGAGAACGGCUGACUGGGUGGUAGAUUAUAUAGCUGAUGCGCAUCUGCCUCGUCCCCAGUCACUGGCGAUCACUUUUUGAGGGAUAUUCGAGCAAAUUGUUUAGGAAAGAGAGGGCGAAAGGAGUGAUGGGAACAGGUAAAUUAUUUACCGGCCGCGUAUUGAGUGAAAAGACCACCAGGGGCUGCAAAUUAAGUCAACUCGUUGUUUUGAGAAUUCGAUGAAAUGUGCAUUGCGUCAGUUAUAUAUUACUUACGAUAGUAUUUUCUCUAUUUCUGUAUUUAGGAGAAUCAUUUGCGACUACGAGGGCAAGUAUUGUACCUACAACUUCUCAAGGUAACAUAGGAAUUCAAUUUGUUCAAAUCUAAACAAUGGUUUGGCCUUCUCCCUUAAUGCAAAUGUCUCUUAAAAGUUUUUGUUUGGACGAUUCAGUGGAUCGGGCGCUUAAAUUCAAAUAUAGCCUGCGAACACAGACGUAUCUCCGGUUGUCGCUUCUCUCCAUCCAUCCAAAAAAUAAUUAUAAAAAUAAUAAAUUUAUUUUUCUGGUGGAGAGAAGCGGCGACAGGAAACACGUCUGUGUUCGCAGGCUAAUUCAAAUGAUGCUAACGUCCCAAGUUAGUUUACACAUAUCAUGUAGCGAUACUACGCCUCCUCCGCAGGCAUCACUUUCCUGUUUUAGAGAACGGGUGGGAGAAUGGGGAGAGAUCAGGGAGUGGCAGUGUUGGCAGUGACUCGAUCCUCCUUUUUUUUUUGUCCCUUCUCUUGUUGACAGACUCCUCACGGUCAGUGUAAUCGUUCAAAAGGUGUUGCCUGUGAAGGAUAAUCUGUUCACAGACCGUCUACUUUCUCUUUAGAGGUCGUUUAAGAGCGCUCGCCUCGCUCGUCUGCCUGCCAGUUUUCGAAAAAAAAAGAAAACAUCGUCUGUGAUAUGUGCAGGUUAGCGGAAAAGACUAGGUUAAGACUCUAUUUUCUUUGAGGAUUUGCGAAAUAAGUGGUUUGAUGUACCACUUGUUCAGCCAAAUCAUCUGACACCAGAGCCCUUCAUCCUUUUAGUCGAUUACAGUCAGGGGAUACUGAGCGCCAAUGCUUAUCUCUUUAUCAUUAGAAUGCUCAGUUUACACAAACCUCGAGGACACGUUGAGGGGAAGAUUCAGCGAACUGAAAGGAUCACCUCAAUGUGACACAAACCUGACGCCAGGAUGGUACAGAUUCCGAGGAGGAGCUGGCAAUCAAAUGGCUACUUCUUGCGUAGCUAUUAAACACUGUGGUACGCUUGCUCCAGGAUGGAUGAAUGGCUCUCACCCGACAGUGGCCGAAGGCGCAACCGCUGUUCAAGUGUGUUUCCAUUGGGCGAUGAAUUGUUGCCACAGGUCUUCGACCAUUCGUGUCCGCAACUGCAGCGGGUUUUACGUAUAUGAGUUGAAGAAACCUCCUCAGUGCAGCUUGCGUUACUGUGGAAACGGUGGAUUGUCAGGUAAUGUGAAUUUAACCUCCUUAAGUGGGAGAUUUUUGCAGAGGCUCUUAAGUCAAAGUAGUGGAUUUUGGUUAUAAUUAAAAGUCGUCAAUGUCUGCCGGGCUGGUUCUGUAUAAGGAUAGCCUGCGAAUUCAGCUGUCUAUCCUCUCUCUUUGCCGCUGGGGUCGUUUCGCAGAAGAGACUCUGUCAGUAAGUAGACUGCGCUUAAGAAUUUAAAAUUUGAAUCUUUUGUAGAAACGGUCCCUUAAAAGAUAAAAGUUAUCACAAAAUCAUUGUUAAAAUGUAUCUAAAAUAAAAAGCCUUAUGCUUGGGUAAAAAGAAAGAGAGAAAAAUGUUCAAAACAAUGCUUGAAACGAGUCUACUUUAUCUUUCCAAUCACAUUUGCAAUUUCUGCCCGCUAAAAUCGGUGUUAAACUCAUGUUUAAUUGUUCUGGAGCCUCUUAAAGUAAACUUUAAAAGGAGACAUGCUUGAUUGCAAACAAGGUCCCUAUUCUUAAUAAUAGUAAUUUCUGUUUUAGCUUCAGUAUUCAAAUGAGACACAUUUUAUGAUAGAUAUAUGAUUUAUUAGUCUAUCCCUUUUUAAAUUUACUACAUUUUAAUGUAAUUAAAUUUCAGCUUUUGAUCUAGUGUAGUCAGAUUUCAGGUUUCUAUGAUGAACUGACUUUCAAGUCAGGUACACAUCGGCUUUGCUGCCUUCUUACAACCUGAACUUUUCACGUAUCAGUGAUCUUAUAUAUCGAAAUCUUUUAUUUCAGCUUCAAGUAUCAAGCCAGUGACAAUUAGCACAAUUCCCACAGGUAAAAUAACAUAAUGUCUGUGAUUUCUAACCUGGUCAAUGAACUUGCACAGUGUGCAAGUUCAGGUUAUACACUUUUCUUGUGAAAAAGAUUAUGCGCUGCAUUCAGCUUAAAUUCCAAACUGAAUUUUGAAUAUAAGGCUCAGUUCAUACAUCACUCUUCUUUUGUGCCUAAAAUCACUGCAGAAGCACGACGUCUAAAUCAAAGUUUGGAACUUGUUUGGCAGAGCAAUUAUAUGUUCGACAAGGUCUGAAGUGCUACACAACCAUGGCACGGCAGCACGGUGAUCCUACCGUCCUGCCUAUGCCGGCCGUAACGAGCUUAAUUCAUAUAUGUUGGAAAUGUCUUUCAGUCGGAAAUGUAACAGCUAUAUGAUUAUGUACUUUUUUCAUUUUACCCCUUUACUUUCACAAUUAAGUUCGACCCUGGCAUGACGUCUGAAGUUGUACGGAGAGGCAGAACGGCACGAGGUAUUAUUUGGGUCCAAAGAUAUGCGUAAGAAACUAUUUUCUGAAUCGUUAUCGUCUCUUGUCUAGAACAAUUUUAAAUCCGGAUUUAGGAUUCACGAUCAGAAAGAUAUAUUACGGUAUGCGUAAAAGACGUGCAAAACGAAAGUUACAGUUUAAUGAAUCUAUUCCAUUUAUAGGUCCUUCGUCUCAAUGCGGUGUUUCUUCAAUGCAAUCGCGUGUCAUUGGUGGAGUUGAUGCUAAAAUUGGGUCUUGGCCUUGGCAGGUAUGCUUUAUUUUUAAAUACCUUUAUUUAUUUUUGGAACAAAAAUUCUCCUUUCAAGUGUCUCAGCAAUUGCACGUCAUUUGCUAACAAUUACAGGUCAAUACCAUGGUAUUUGUCCUGCCUUUUCUACUAACUUCUUCUGUUACUGUGAAGUGUCGCUUCUGAGCGCCCCUUUGGUUGUACAUCUUCGUAAGGGGUUUUAAUAGGGCUUAUAUCUGAGGAGGCUUAUCAGGGUAUUCGGUAGUAUUUGGAAAUACCGGAUGCAGAGGUUCAGCUGUCGGACUCGCACCGUUCGUGCUGCAGGCGCUAAUGUUGAGUGCCGGAUCGGAGUCACGAACUUUUUUUAAUUACUGUUUUUUAAUUCAGCUUCAGAAAGUCAUAAUAAAUCGAUGGGGUUAAUAUUCUUGUGGGGGAGGGGGGGGGGGGGGGGUGGGGUUUUUAGUCGUUUUUUGUUUAGGUUGAUUAGAAGGAUUUCUUGGAUGUGGGGGGGUAGUGUGUGGGGUGGGGGGGGGGGGGGGGGGGGGUGUUGGCUUGAAUGGUGUUGUGUGUUUUGGUUUUCGGGGGGUGUGGCGUAGUAGGGGGGGGGGGCCCUUUUGUGGGGGUUGGGGGGGGGGGGGGGGGGGUCGGGGUCGGGGGCUUAUAAGUGGCAGUUUACUGUUUAUAUUUCGUUACAGGUCGCCCUUCUCCGAGGAGAGUCUAAGGUGUUUAGUUGCGGUGGUUCUCUGAUUGCUCCUGACUGGGUUGUCACAGCUGCGCAUUGCAUAGUCCCUGGAAGGUAAGUUAUAGAGAUGUGUGAUGUCACGUUACCGUGGUAACAAAAUUUAUGGAUUUUAACAAUUUUUCUUGACAGAAACGGCCAUUUGCAUUGUCGAACGAUGGAAGAAAAGUAUAGGCUACUGUUUUUUUCUUGAGUGCAAUAAUGUACAGGAAUUAUAGUCAUACAUUGUACAUGCCAAUUUUUUUUUGAGCCAUAUUUGAGACCACCGUUUGUUGAGAUCCAGAAAUUUGGCUACCAUUGCAUCGUGACGUGUUUCUGUUCAUUUCCUAAUUUGAGAAACUGUCAACUGGAACCUGACGGCAAGUUGGUGCCCCCCUUCCCCCAACGUACAAACGUCUGUAAAACUUUGCGACAUUGCAGAACUAUAUAUUCAUUCUUUUUCUACAAACCUCCCUCAAACGUGGUCAUUUUACUAUUUUUUAGGCUCUCUUUUCAGUACCAAAAACAAGAAGUCCAAAGAGUACUGCAAAGCUGAUUUCAGAACAAUAUUUCGGCUGGCCAUACCAGCCUUCUUCAGGUUUACAGAUGUUACUGAACUUAUGUAGGAAUCACAAUUGUAUUAUAUGGAUGGAGAAUUUCGCAAUGAAAAUUGUUAAAAAGGGAGAGGCGGAAAGGCACCACUCUUUUCAGUGGUGUCGACCAGUUUUCACUAACUGGUCCAUGUCAAAAGUUGAAAACUAACCGUGGAAGGGUCUAUUCUCUCAGCAAUUAUUCAUGCACCAUAUUUACUAAGGAGUGUAUAUUUUGUUUUCUAGCUCUGCAGAUUACUAUACAAUUCGUCUUGGCGAAUAUCAUCGGAUCCGCGUGGAAGGAAACGAACAAGACAUCAAGGGCAAGCAGAUAAUAACACAUCCGGGGUAUAAUUCACCAAGUCCCUUCAACAACGACAUAGCCUUAAUCCAACUGGAAAAACCAGCCUCACUGAACUCAAAAGUUGGAAUCGUUUGCCUCCCAAAGCCUAAUGAAAUGGCUUUUUCGAGAAAGAGUUGUUAUAUUACAGGUGCGACGACUUUUUCAAGUACUCGUAAAUCGAUUUAUUGCUUCUUCGCCACAAUGUCUUGUUUCUGAUAUUUUAUCUGAACUAGUGGACGGUAACUUGUACAUGUGAGAUAUGUCCUGUCUUUUCAAGAAAAGAAAGACUUUUUGGUUCGAGGACGAGAACGACGACAUUGACUUUAGAGCAUUCUCAAAAGAUAGACUGACCCCGGAAAGCUUCAUUGUACUUUUUCUAAACCGGAAAAUUAACACAGUUAUUGUCAUUGAAGACGGUUAAGUCCUCUUCCGAGCUAAAGCACAGAAUGUUGAAACUUCUAUCUUUUUGUGAAAGGUUUGAACCCAGGAGUCAUUUCAAAAGGUUGAGUUUGAUCGUCCGGGUGAACGUAGUCCUGAAUAGGACUGUUGUUGUUGACAGUGACUGACGUUUCGACAACCUGUGCGGUAGUCAUCUUCAGAGUCAAAUUGAGUUGUAUCACUUCAGUUGAUGGUAUUAUACUCUGGUUAUUGAUCUGAUUGGUCAAUUAUGUCGCGAUGUUAUUGGUCGUCUGUCAGUUAAGCCGUGAUGUUAUUGGCUAUUAAGACUCUAUCUUUUGAUAACUUGUUUUGAGAAUGUAAGAUCGGGGUAUCUUUUAAUCACCAACGAAUCACGGGUGCGCCGUAGGCGAGAACCAGUAGAGGGGCUAGGGGUGUGGUGCUCCUGCAGAAAAUUUUGACGCCUUGAUACGCUGAAACGCCAAUUUCUAAUAUUCUGAGAGAACAAUUUCUUUCUAAAAUGUCCGUUAAACCGAUUAUAAAUUUAUUGCUCAUUUCAAUUUGCAUGGCUUUGCGUAAAAGUACCCCGCGAUUUUGUUUUGUAUUUUUCGUGCAAUCUUUUAAAGUUUUCCGGAUAUCAGUUUCAUUUAAUUAAGUACAUACUCUGUUAGGUGUUCGAAGAACUCAUUUGCAAAUAUCAGAACAGAUUUUAAAACCAAAUCUCAAGAAUUUUUUCCACCCGGAUCCCAUAUUGGUCAGGAUUAGUGAUUUUCAAGCAAAGUGGGAGAAUCCCGACGAGAUAGGGAUGGUCGAACAUCUCUCGCUAAACCCGAAAUAAGCUGAAAUAGAAUGAUGACUACACGUCAAAGUUCCCGCCAAAAUAACGCUGGUUCACACGCGCGCUCUACUUUGCAUUCAGGAAAUCUCGUUUUCGUAGUCGUCCUCGUCCUAAGAUCACUAAAAUCUCUAAAGGUCUCUGUUCUCUUAGUCCAUUCCACUUAAUCUAUUCUUUUCUCAAAACUCUAGUGUGCAGCAAUUUUUUCCAUUCUGUUUAAAGCGUUUAAGUAUAAGAUCACAUUACGUUUUGGAAAAAAUAAACCCUCUCGCGUUCAGUUUGUCAAUUUCUCUUCCAGGCUGGGGCAAAAUCAAACAUCCUGGCUCCUCACACAUUAUCCUGCAGCAGGCAAAAAUACCACCCGUCAAUAACACGGCGUGUGCCGCUAAGUUAGCAAACUCUUCAGGUAUGGAUUUUUUACAUGUUUAGAUUAUUUGUCGUCAUUGCCCGGCAGAGUUUUUAUUAUAUUUCUACCAAGGGAACAGUUUGUUACACUUAGAAUGGGAUCUCAUCGUUUUUUUUUUAUCACAGGCGUUGGCUCCUUAAGGAUAACUCCCGAAAUGCUCUGCGCAGGCGAAAAAGGCUUAAAUGUUGGCGGUUGUCAUGGAGACAGUGGUGGCCCCUACGUUUGCCAGGAAUCAAACAAGCGAUGGGUUUUGCAAGGGGUAGUGAGUUGGGGCUCACCACAGUGUUCUGCGCUUGGACGAUACACUGUAUUUGCUCGUGUGGCAAAAUUUAGAAAAUGGAUCGAUGACUUCGUGAACUGA